AUUCUUAAUCUUAUUUUUUCCUCUCAAUAACUGAUAAUGAAAUUAUUUUAUACGUUUAUCAUUACAUUAUUGAUUACAUUACAUGGUUAUCGUAAAAAAUCCUUAUCUACUUCUGGAGCAUUAGCAGCAUUUUUUGUUGGCGUAGGAACAAUACAGAAUGAUUGGCCAGUUUUUGCCGUUGUAUUAUUAGUAUUUUAUUUUACUGGUUCAAGAUUAACAAAGUACAAAGCGGAAAGAAAGGAGCAACUUGAGGAAGAAUAUCACGAAGGCGGACAAAGAAAUGCAAUUCAAGUAUUCAGUAAUGCUUUAGUUGGGACAAUACUUGCUAUUAUACAUCAAUAUUAUUAUGGUGAUGAAGAAUCAUGUUUAUUAGAUGAUCGUAGAUCAAGAUUCAUUUUUUUCAUGUAUCUUGGAAUUUAUGCCACAUGUAAUGGAGAUACGUGGGCAAGUGAACUUGGUAUUCUUAAUAAAGGAUGGCCUAUACUAAUAACCACACUCAAAAAGGUUCCACCUGGCACAAAUGGGGGAGUUACUCCGUUAGGAUUAUUAGCUUCAGUAUUAGGUGGAUUUAUAAUUGGACUAUCAGCAAUAAUAUCAUUAGGAUUAUCAAAUUUAUGUAAAGGAUAUAUAGAAAUAAUAUUAAUAGCUUCAAUAUCGGGAUUCAUGGGUUCAUUAAUUGAUUCAUUGUUAGGAGCUACUGUACAAAUUUCUAAAUAUGAUGAAAAAUUAAAAAAAAUUACUUAUCAAAAAAAUGAACAUUCUAAAACGAUUAGUGGGUAUGAUUUAUUAGAUAAUAAUCAAGUUAAUUUUGUGUCAUCUUUAGUAACAGGUGCAACAACAGCUUGUAUUUGUGAUUUAAUUUACACAAAAUGAAUCAUAAUUGCAUAUAUUUUUAGAUGAAGUAGGACAAUGUUUGUUUAACAAUUAUUAUUUUGGCACUUGUACGGAUUAGAGGUGUUAAUAUUUUAUACUUAAUAAUAAUAACCAAGAGAAUUUUUAUUUAUUUACUUAUGCAAUAAGUUGUAAUUAUAAUUUUUACCAAUCCCUUAAAGCGAAAUUGUGUCA